AUGAAGGUGAACAACAACGGACUGGUGUCCUUCCUGCGGGAGGUGUCCCAGUUCACCCCGGUGGCGUUCCCAAUCGCCGGUGACCGCCGCGUGGUGGCGCCCUUCUGGGCCGACGUGGACAACCGGCGGGCGGGGGAGGUGUUCUACCGCGAGAGCCUGGACCAGGGCACCCUGCAGCGGGCCACGGCCGACGUCAGGACCUACUACUCCGAGUUCCCCGGGUUCAGCGCCACCUGGGUGCUGGUCUCCACCUGGCACCGCGUCACCUUCUUCGGAGGGAGCGCUGUCACUCCGGUCAACACCUUCCAGGUGGUCCUGAUCACAGACGGAGAUCUGUCCUUCACCAUCUUCCAGUACAACAACAUCACCUGGACCACCGGCAUGCACGCCAGCAGCGGGGGUGACGCAGCCGGCCUGGGGGGCAUCGCCGCACAGGCAGGUUUCAACGCCGGCGACGGGAAGCGGUACUUCAACAUCCCGGGCUCGCGGACCCCGGACGUGGCGGGCGUGGAGGGCACCACCAACGUGGGGCACCCCGGGAGAUGGGUGUUCCGGAUCGACGACGCCGAGGUGGAAGUGGGCGGCUGCAACGACUCUGCCUCCGUGUGUCAGCACCUGCGGCCGUGCGUGAACGGAGGCCGCUGCAUCGACGACUGCAUCACGGGAAACCCCUCCUUCACCUGCUCCUGCCUUGCAGGCUUCACCGGCCGGCACUGCCAGAUCGACGUGGACGAGUGCUCCUCCGGGCCCUGCCAGAACGGGGGCACCUGCCUAGACCGCGUCAACGGGGUCUCCUGCACCUGCCCCCCGGGGUUCAGCGGUCCGCUCUGUGAGACAGACGAGGACGAAUGCGGGGACACACCGUGCCGUAACGGGGGGGUGUGCAUCCAGGGCGCCGGCGCCUUCAGCUGCACGUGCACGCCAGGCUUCACAGGCACGCUGUGUGAGACAGAUGUGGACGAGUGCGCGUCGCAGCCGUGUCUGAACGGCGGGGAGUGCCUGGACCGGGUGGCGGCCUUCGCCUGCGUCUGCCCCCCGCUCUUCACCGGGGACCGCUGUGAGACAGAGAUCCUCGCCGUCCAGGUCAACUCAACGCAGGCUGACAAUCAAACAGAGGCGUGUGCCGGAGAGGAUUGUGGGAAGCGGCAGACCUGUGAUCAGACCCGUGAGGGAGCGGUCAACUGCACCUGCAGCCCGGGCUUCUACGGAGACAGCUGUGAAGAGGAGUGUCUGUGUCAGAACGGAGGCGUCUGUGUGGACCUCAACGGGACGUGUGAAUGCUCUUCAGGGUUCACUGGACUCUUCUGUCAGUUUGAGGUGACCAAGACCCCCUGCAGUAACAACCGGCCGUGCCCCGACGGCGGUCCGUGUCUGGAGUACGGGGGCGCGUACCUCUGCACCUGUCAGACCAGCGGGGCGGAGCCGGACCAGAGGGACAUCUACCCCUAUGUACAGCCCCGCUCCGUCUGUGAGUCCUCCCCCUGUGUGAACGGCGGCUACUGCUACGAGCGCCACGGAGGCUACUCCUGCGACUGCAAGCACGGCUACUGGGGGAAGCACUGCGAGAAAGUCCGGAUGAACACCUGUGCGUCGGGCCCCUGUCGGAACGGAGGAUCCUGUAAGGAGGAGGCGGGCAGCUACCACUGCGUGUGUCCCUACCGCUUCACCGGGAGGCACUGUGAAGUGGGUAAACCGGACCCGUGUGCGUCCAGCCCGUGUCUGAACGGCGGGACGUGUUUCCACUACAUCGGGAAGUACAAGUGUGAGUGCACCGACGCCUUCGGAGGACGACACUGUGAGGCCGGCAGGACCCGGCCGCCCGGCCCCAACGCAGGGCCGGGCUGCGGCCCCCCCCCCCAGGUGGUCCACGCCGAGGUGCAGUUCUCGUCCACGGCGGCGGGCGCGGUGGCGCAGUACGUGUGCCGGCCCGGCUUCACCGCCGUGCCCCGGACCACGCGCACCCUCUGCGGGGUCAGCGGCACCUGGAGCCUGCCCCCCGCCUGCCAGGUGGAGAACCCGUGUGUACUGCAGCCCUGUGGGAACCGCGGCGCCUGCAGGAGCGACCAGCAGGGGAACUACGUCUGCACCUGCAGGGUCGGACACACGGGCAAGGACUGUGACAAAGACCUGCUGCCUCCGUCGGGCCUCCACGUGUUGCGGGUGGAGGAGGGCGAGCUGGAGAUCCGCUGGGACCAGCCCCACCCCUCCCCCGUCCCGGUCACGGGCUUCGCCAUCACCUACGCCCCCCUGGCGGCGGGGGCGGGCGGGGGCGGGCGGGGGGGCCGGCAGACGGACUUCCUGGACCGGCAGCAGAGCAGCCACCUGCUGCAGGGCCUGACCCCCGGGGAGCUCUACAACAUCUCCACCUUCUCCAUCAAACGCAACGCCAACAGCAACGACAUCAGCCAGCCCGCCGUCGCCCUCAUACGCACCCGCCCGCUCGCGGUGGAGCAGCUGGCGGUGGUGAACGUGUCGUCCACGGCGGUGUGGCUGAGCUGGCUGGUGCAGGCGGCCCGCCACGCCGCCGCCACCCAGCUCCGCCUCUCCCUGGUGCCGGCCGACGGCGGCGGCGCCCGCACAGCCCUGCUCAACGGCAGCGCCACCCAGUUCAGCUUCAGCUCGCUGCUUCCUGGCCAGAUGUACACGCUGGAGGUGCUGACCCAGAGCGGCGUCCGGGCCGAGGAGUUCCCCUCCACCAGCCGGCCGGCCGGACCCCUGCACAUCUGGACCCGGCCCCUCCCCCCUCAGAACCUGUCCCUGGCCCAGGUGACGUCCAGCUCCGCCCUCAUCACCUGGGAGCGCCCCCCCGGCGCGGCGGCGGACGGCUUCGUGGUCAACGUGACGCGGGGGCUGAACACGCGCAGCCGCUUCCUGCCCAGCGCGCUGCAGGGCGCCUACACGCUGAGGGAGCUCAGCCCGGGGCAGCAGUACCAGCUGACCCUCACCGCCGUCAGGACCCCCGGCACCGAGACCGUCCACAGCGCCCCCCGCCACCUGGCCUUCAGCACGCUUCCGAUGGAGGGGCGGAUGGGGAGGAGAGAGAGGCUGUCCUCGCUGGGUCAGGGGGGUCACGGGCGCCCCAAGACCCCCCCUCUGGACCGGGGGGGCGGGACCGACACAGAGAACGCUGACGAACACAGAUAUAAAGAGCUGAUCGACCGGAGGGGGAGGAUCACAGCCCAGUUCACCAACCUGCCCCGCAAGAUCCUCCGUCACCGGACCAGGCCGGAGCCCCCCGUGCGGUUAGAGCGGAUCGAGGAGACGACCAAUAAGAUCAGCCUGGCGCUGGAGGUCCCGGAGGAGGGCGCGAGGACCCCGCCUGCUUGCCAGCGGGUGCCUCACCCCUGCACUCGUCUCUUCUCGGAGACGAAGAGUGUCCCGGUCUGGGAGGACGGAGUGUGUCACUACCUGUACAAACGGACCUACAAGGUCCAGCAGGACGUCUGCUUCAGGGAGAUCUGUGAGCCAUCACUGCCCGACAAAACUCAGUCCUCCGUCCCCGAUGAAACAGCUGUCCCUGCUAUCACCGCAUAAAGACACGUCCAGGCGUCAUUAAAGACAGAAACUGCGUCCUCCAUUUGAGAAGAAGGUUCAGUUUGUGUUGGUGUUAUGUCAGCGCUCGGCCUCCAGGGGGCGCUGUUUGUCAGAGACGGACCAACUCUGACUCUUGGAACAGCGUGUGGCGAUGAGGACCCCAAACACGGCAGACCAAGAGCGUUGAAGGCAUCAACAGAGAUUCAAAGCCAAUUAUCUUUAUUCGUAUCGCCCUUUAACACAGUUACGGACUCAUAGGUUAUCAGGGGCCUGCAUUAGACUACGCCCACUCCAAAGAAAACUUCCCAAAACCCAUAUCGGAAAUGAAAAUCAACGUAGAGAGGGAAAAGGGGAAGAAUACCUCCUUCCAGGGAUGGUUAGGAGAGGAAGAGGUGUGACUAGGCAGACAUGUUACGAUGAGAAAAAUGAUUCUGGUGUUUCUAAGUAGGAUUGGCAGUGCGCCCGGCCGUCGUAUACCUCACUGACACGCAGCCCACGCUGAACCAUAGGAGUUUUCCGGAAUAUUCCCUCUGGGAAUUCCCUCAGGGAAAAUUAGCGACAGACAAAAAAAUCGAUUCCAGUCGAUGCAACACUGUACAGGACUGUAAAGUAAAGCACAUCCCAUAAUUCAUCCCCCUCCCUCCAAGAGAAAGAUGUUCCUCACCAGUUUCUGUGUACAUUUGUCUUUUACUCUCUUGCCUUCCUGUGUUUUCUGAGCGAGCGUCUGUUGCUAGCUACUGUGUAAAUAGUGUUCAUAGGUGUUUUGUAGGUGAAUAUUUUAAUAAUAAAAUGUA